UGGUGCAUUUGAAGGUCAAGUAUUGCAGUGAAAUUGUGGUGUAUGGGUUUCAAACCCAGAUCUGAAUCAGAAAUAGAGGUUUUGCUGCAACUCCCAGCUUGUAGCACUGGGUCCUAAAGAUAUCUGCCUGGAAUGGGAGGAGGAGGAAAGUUCAUUCCGUCCAAAGAGAGGAGUAUUUUGGGACUGGGGUUGCUUUAAAAUGAAAUAAAAGAGGAACAUGACACAGGCAACAAUCAGCUCUUCCCAUAGGUCUGAUUUCUGAGAGUCCUUUUAGUCAUUUCCUGUGCGAGGAAGAGUCUAUAGCCAGAACCCUGCUCCUGUCAAACACAAUGAAAUAGCCCCCUCUUUACAGGAACCCUUGACCUGCUUGGCUGUCAGCAAGCUGCUUUGUGAAAGGAGCUGAGAACGACCCCUUGCUGGAGGCUGCACAGGCUCACCAAGGUUUCGGUCCAGCUUUCCAAGUGCUAAUUCCAGGAAACCUCGUGAAGCAUCACAGAGGCAGGAGGUGAUCUGUUUCAUUAAAAGCCGGGAAGGAGGCAUCUCCCCAGCUUUGGCUCCACCUCUAUACAUGCUUUUUGUGCCAGCUGUGUGAGGAGGAAGGAGAAGCAGCAGAGGUUUUGCAAUGAGCACAUCCCUCCCUGCCGUGGAAGGAGCCAGCCCUGCUUGCUGGAGCCAGCCAGUGUGGAACAGGAGUUGGCAUCACCAGCUCUUGAUGCAUGGGGACACUCACUACAACUGGACCAACUGUGAACCUGGUCACUGGAGCAAAGUCCCUGCCACGCUGCUCAUCUGCCUUUGCGGGCUGCUGGGGAACGCGGCUGUGCUCUGGUUCUUCACCUCCCACGUCCACAGGAACCCCAUCACCAUCUACGUCCUCAACCUGGCCGUGGCUGACUUCACCUUCCUCCUCUCCAUCACCACUGCCCUUGGGGUACUUUAUGGCCCAGAGACCCUUUGCCACAGGCUGGGCUCACGGGACGUGACAACUGUGUUGAACAUCACCAUUCUCUUCUCUUUCACCGCCAGCGUCUUCCUCCUGACAGCCUUCAGUGCCAUGGCAGCUCUGUCUGUCCUCCCCAUGGCCCACUGCCACCGCUCCCAGUGCUUGCCAGUGCUUGUGUGUGCCCUGUUCUGGGCCCUCUCCUUCCUUCUCGCCCUGACCCUCUUCUUCUGCCCUGCAGCACUCAUUGCCUUCAUCCUCAGCUACCUCUUAUCACUACUUACCCUGGUUUUAUCUGGUUUAACCCUGCUUGCCAGGGUCUUGUGCUGUUCAUGGCAGCAUCCUCCAGGGAAGCUCUGUGCUGUGGUCCUGCUCGCUGUCGUCUUCUUCCCCUUCUUCACAGCUGAUUUUGAGUAUUGGCUUUUGCUAAGGCUGUUUGAUUUUUCAGUCUUUGUCUUCGAUGCCUCUCUGCCCUUGGCCUGUGUGAACAGCAGCAUCAACCCUGCUAUUUACUUCUUGGCUGGGAGCUGCACAAACAAGUUCACACUCUCUGUGAGGGUUGCUUUCAAGAGGGCUUUUGGAGAUGAAGCAGAGCCUCAGAACAGAGGUGAAACUCCCAGAGCAAACACAGUGGAACCAGCUGUUUAAACCUCUGCAACCUCCCCCCCCCGCCCCAGGGAGAAGAUGCUCCAGGGAUGGAGAGAAGGAAUAUGGGCCAGAACAGGAUUAGCUGCAGCGUGACAGUGUGCUGGGUGGCA